GUUAGGAUCAGCUGGAGCCUCUGUUUGGUGUCUGCAGCUGCGCACUGCCUCUUCCCCCCUAUCAUGGCGGACUACGACUUCGAUAACUACGACGGCGGCUAUUCUCGUGGAAACUACGGCCGCCGUUCGGACAACAGAGGAUACGGUGGAGGCAGAGGGGGGGGAGGAGGCGGAUACAGACAAGGCGGCGGGGGCGGGGGUUACGGGGGUGGUGGCCGUGGCGGGGGCGGUGGGGGCGGCCGCUCCAGUGGACCCAAACCCAUCCCCACAGAGGCGCCGUACACGGCGUUCGUCGGCAACCUACCCUUCGAAACUGUUCAAGGAGACCUGGAUCAAAUCUUCAGAGGUUUAAAAGUAAAAAGUGUCCGUUUAGUGCGGGACAGGGAAACGGACAAGUUCAAAGGCUUCUGCUAUGUGGAAUUUGAAGACGUGGAGUCCUUAAAAGAGGCCCUGACCUAUGAUGGAGCUCUCUUCGAAGACCGCAACCUGCGCGUAGAUGUUGCGGAGUCCCGCCAGAAGGACAAAGAUGGCGGCCGCGGCAGGGGAGGCCGUGGCGGCGGAUUCGGCGGGGGCCGCGGGGCUGGUGGCCCCCCCAGGGGUGGUGGAUAUUCAUUCGGCGGUGGCGGCGGCGGCGGCCAACCACAAAGAUAUGGCAGUGGUGACAGACGAGAUUACGGACGAGAUGGGGGGAGAGGCGGUUACGACAACGACAGGGGCGGCGGGAUGGACCGCGGGCAGAGGUACGGUGGUGGCGGCGGCGGCGGGAAUUUCCGCGGUGGCCGUGGCGGCGGACGAGGCCCCGUAGACGAUUUCAGAGAACCCACAGAAGAACUAAGGGAGCCAACCGAAGAGGAACGGGCAGCGCGGCCCAGACUGAAGCUAGCGCCUCGCACCGUGGGCAAACCCAUCAACGCGGUGGCCAACCCCCAGUCGUCGAUCUUCGGUGGUGCCAAGCCACGCGAUGAGCGAGAGUACGAGGAACGCAGGGAGAAGGAGCGGUCACGUACAACUAGCGAGAGUAGCCAAAAGAGCGAGUCCUAAGCUCACUAGACCUCAACCCCCUUCUAGGGCUAGCUCUGGUCCUUGUAGAAAAUGGCAGUGUACAUGUAGAUAGGGUUCUAGGCUGACAAUACUAAAUGUACUACAUGCUGUCUUAGUAGCUUUGGAUUGGAUUUUGUAUAAAUUCCUCUGAUUGGUUAGUGCUCUGUGUAUGGAGCUUUCUGAUUUGAUGAGGCUCUGUCUGUAGAGCACACUCUGAUUGGUUGAAGUUUUGUGUAUGGAGCCUUCUGAUUGGUUGAGGUUCUGUACAACCCUUAAAUGGAUUGAUUGAUAAAGAUACAGAGGAUAGCAAAGAAACUUGGGAGUUUUGUACACAAAGCGUAACAAAUAUAAGCAAAUGGAUGGUACGAGCUGUACUGUUCUUGAACCUUCCUCAAUUUUGCCUUCAAACAGUCUCCAACUCAAGUACGUGCACCGUUGUGGUGCAUAACGAAUGCCUAUCAACCUUUUUGUUGCUUGGACUCAAAAUUUCCGGGUAGUCGAAUUUGUGUGUUGUCAUGUAUCGUUAUUCAUUGCAUAUAUUAGUAACUUGUACAGAACAAGGGCAGGUAUACAAAUGUGCUUGUAUAUUGCGGCCGUACGUACAACGGUACUUCCAUGCAGUUCUAGUGAAUAUUUGGUGUAAUGUGAGUAAUGCCUGUCAGAGAGCAGAAGAAAAAAAAACAAUGCUGUCUGACAUACAGUAUUUUAAGACAUGUUGUCCAAACUAUAUAGUGCAAGAGUGUUCAUUUUUUUUCCUUACUGUCAAAGGAAAUUAUCCUGAUAUGCUGAGGAAAAAAGUCUAAUAAAUGUGAGGCCAUUUUAGUUAAAAGGUACAGUGUAUAUCACGAAGAUUGGUGCCUUAGCACUGAAGGCACCGCUAGUGUUAGGAGACAUAAAACUGCACAGCCGAGGGGGUUGACUGUGUUCUGUGUGAAGGAAGUCAUUUUGUUUAACUUUACUUUAGGCAUGACUGUGUGUACACGUGAGUACACUGGUCUCGAGUUCAAUGCCACACCUACAGCAUCUGAGUAGCAAGUGACUUGCAGACUCAAUAAAAUUUCCUUUUUUCGUUAAA